AUGAAGCUUACCUACGCUCUCGUCGCUGCGGCACCUCUGUUUUGCAAUGCGACGGAGCUGGAGGCCCCCAUCGAAGGGUAUGGUGUGGUCGUACCGGAGUGGGAAGUCGAGAUAACACCCGGGGGCUCGACAACUCUCUUGAACGGGACGAUCGAGGAAGUCCAUGAGGAACUCCUUCAGUUGAACCCUGACUGGGACGAGGAGUACACUGGAAAAAGCACUGAGAGCGAGUUUACAGAGCGGGAUUCCGGCUUUGGCCUCUUUGCUAGGACCGACUUUAGCGACGCUGAGUACCACUGUGGCGGUCGAUGGCCACAGUGUCGAACCACCAUUAUUAAUCAAGGUAUCUCUUAUCUGCGUCGUGCUAAUGGCAAGCCGACAAAUGGCCCUGGACCGGGAAACUGCGGUCGAGUUAGUUGUUCUUUUAACUCAGCUAUCUGGUGGUGUAAUGAUAACGCCAAAUCGAAGACCUUGAACAGCUUUUCAAGCAUCGCAGACGGUGCUGCUUUUAUUGUGAAGAAGUGCUAUGUCCCCGACCGAGGUCCACCUGUGCCGGGCAAGUGGAACAUGCUUUCUGGUCAAGCAUUUCAUAACAGCAAGUGGAAUGUGAUUGUUAGGAAGGACAAGUGUUGA